AUGGGCCCAGCGGCCGCUCGCCUUCUUCUGCUGUGCUUUUUGCUUGCAGGCGGAGCUCUGUCGCAAGUCGAUGAUGAUGGCUACUGCGACGGGUUGUCAGAAUCUCGUACCGUCUCCACGACCGCUGAAGCUUCCGCUCUUGGAGCGGACCUUGCCCGUUGCCAGGGGCUCGAGUUCAUCGUGGCUUGGCAGGGAACCGUCAGCCUUAGCGAGCCCCUGCAGGUGGUCAACUCGACGACCCUGCAGAUCACGGGGGAGAGCAAGGAGCAGUCCGUGGGCGUUGCGCUGACGGGAGGAUAUGGGGUCGACGGAGGAGCGGUGGCGGCCGUGGGGGCGUCGUCCGUGACGCUUGUGGACUGCGACGUCUACGGCAACAGGGUGACCUCGAACGGAGGCGCCGUUUUUCUGGGCGGGGCGUCCAGCUUUACCGCCGGCUGGGUUAACUUCACCGGAAACUCUGCGGACGUGUACGGAGGUGCGAUACACUCUCAAGGUAGCUCCACCGUGACGUUUGGCGACGGAGGUGCCGUUUCGAUCUCUGGCAACACGGCGGAGUUUCAGGGAGGUGCCGUGAACCUGCAGCACUCUUGCACCAUGCGGACGGGGGGGACUACGUGGUUCAUCGGCAACCAGGCGGGGAGCAGCGGGGGCGCCGUGUGGGCCUUCAACGGAUCGGAGGUUGUCAUCACCGGGGCCACCUCUUUCAUCGAAAACACCUCGCAGAACUACGGCGGCGCGGUAAUGGUGACGGAGGGCUCUGCAGUGCGCAUCCGCGGGAACACCACGUUCACCAACAACUACGCCCUAUUCGAUGGAGGUGCGGUGUACGCCGACGUUGGCGUUACCGUCGCCCUGUCGGGCACGCAGCUGUACGAGAACAACUCGGCCAGGGGAAACGGAGGUGCAAUCCACCUAACUCUCGCCCAGUAUGCUCUCAUCACGGGCCAGCCAAUUUUCCUCGGCAAUACCGCCCUUGAAGGGUCCGGGGGCGCGAUCUACAGCUCCAACGUCCCACAGGCAACCUUCAAGAACGCCAACUUCGACGGCAACGCCGCCGUGUGGGGGGGCGCCGUGGCAUCGUUCUCCUCCGGCGGGGCGGCCUCCUCCUCCAGCUCCAGCACCCCCUUCCGGACGAGCGGCAGCAGCGGCGGAUACGACCCGGACGACCUGACGCCUUCUCUCACCACCACCGCGGGAGGCGCCACGACCGUAACCUCGCUGUCUGUGGACCCCGACGCCGGCGGUUCUGGCGGCGAAGAAGGGGGUUCUUUCGGCGGCGGCGGCGGCACCAGCAGCACCGCCGCGCCCACGAAGUUUCUGAGCUGCGUCUUCGAGGAGAACCACGCCUCCGAGGACGGCGGGGCUAUCUAUUCUGUGGCGGGUUUUGACAUGGUAAAGGACUCCACCUUCUUCCACAACAUGGCGGCCUCUUCGGGCGGCGCCCUCGUACACGCCGGGGUGAUGGAGGAGAUCUCCGGAACCACCUUCGAGGGCAACGGGGCGGGAAACGAGGGCCCCGCGGUCGUCAGUCUCGGCCUGCUGGGCUACAUGGGACGGGUUACCUUCGACGGCAACAGCUUCUACUGCGAGGAAGGAACGUUCAGCACGGAGGUCGAAAUCGAGGGGGAGGACGUGUGCCGCUUCGGCCUCGUGUGCUCGAGGUGCGCCAGCGAGUGCGCCAGCGAGCUGGAGGAUGAGGUCACCGUCGCCGACCCGGACCUACUUCCCGCGUGCGAAGCCGUUCCCGAGGGAGCCCAGACCACAUCCAGAGGAGGCACCCUAGCGACGCUGGAGAUUCUGCCGGGCUACUACCGAUCUUCGGCCACGAGCACGGACAUCAGGGAGUGUUUCUAUGAGGACGCGUGCGAGGGGGGCAAGGUCGUCGGAGAGUACUGCGCGGCGGGAUACACGGGGCCAUAUUGCGCCGUGUGCACGGCCGGUUUCUCCCCGGGAUACUUCCACUCGUGCAAGUCCUGCAUGGGGGAUAGCCGUCGGAGGGCGUUCUACGUAGUCUCCGCGGUAGGCGUGCUGGUGCUUCUGGCCGUCGUUUUCAUGGCGGCCAAGCUGGUUUCGGUGGUGGAGACCACGCCUUCGAGCAAGGCCCCGAGCCGCUGGCAGCAGAAACGGUCGGUGUGGCAGGCGCGCAUGAAGAAGAUUCUGCCGCUUACGGCGAUCAAGAUCGUCGUGGUGGUGUGGCAGAUCGUCACGCAGUACUCCGACGUGGCCGGCGUCGAGUACCCGGGUGCGUACAAGGACUUCCUGUCGGUGGUCGACGUCGUCAACCUCGACCUCGGCUUCAUCCUCUCCCUGGCGUGCGUGUGCGACACCGACUUCUACGACCGGCUGCUGCUGACGACGAUCUGCCCCGCGGUCGUGCUCGGCCUCCUGGGCUGCACUUACCUGGCUAUGGGCGUCGUCAAGCACCGACACCUCUCGGUAGCCCUGUUCAUCAUGUUCGUCAUCUACGCCACCGUUUCCUACACCAUCUUCGAGACCUUCGUUUGCGACCCCCUCGAUGACGGGAACUCAUACCUCCGCUCCGACUACUCCUUGACCUGCGAUACGGAGACCCACACCGCGUACCGGGUCUACGCCGGGCUCAUGAUCCUGGUUUAUCCUGUGGGAAUCCCGUGUGUCUUUGGCUGGUGGCUGUUCAAGCACCGCCACGAGCUGAAGCAGGAGGGCCGCGAGAGAAGGGCCGUGUUGAAGCCGGCGGCGGACUUGUGGGAGCCUUACAAGCCUAGCACGUACUACUACGAGGUGGUGGAGUGCUUCCGGCGUAUCGCCCUCACCGGGUUCGCGGUGUUCAUCUACCCGGACAGCUCGGCACAGGUGGCGAUAGUCCUGCUCCUCGCGAUCGUCUUCAUGGUGGUGUCCGAGUUCCUCUCUCCGUUCGCCCGGCCCGUCGAGAUGUGGCUCUACCGGACCGGACACUACGUGGUGUUCGCGAGCAUGUACCUCGCCUUGCUGCUGCGGGUUGAUGUCUCCGACGAGCGCAACCAGAGUCAAGAGGUUUUUUCCGGCGUCCUCGUGAUUGCGCACGCAGCCAUGCUCCUGGUGGUUGUCUUACAGGGCCUCCUGAUCUUCGCCGGCUGGGGGGACCUCGUGGAGACACCCGGCGCCCUCGCUAACCUCGACGACACAGCCUUCGUGUCGAAGCGGGGUGGCAGUUUAUCCGACGGCGAUGUGGACGAGGCGCGAGACGGCGGGCACUAUCGGGGAUACCUCAGUACGUUUAGCACGGGGGCCGCCGCAGAACGGGGCAAGAGGUGGGAGAUCUGGGAGAGGCCGUUGCCGAAGGCUAGGAGCAGCUUCUUUCCGAGCCCGACGGGCACGAAGCGCAAGGUGGUUCCAGAGGCCGAUGCCGGCCGUAGCCGAGACGACUUAUCUGUCCGAGGCGUUAAGGGCCGCCCAUCGCCAGAAGUGUCGCGGAGCAAUUCUUGGACAUCUUCCACCGGAGGGGACGCUUCCCCGUCAACGGUGGUGUACCAAGCGGCGACGCCCAACAAGGUGGCUGCGGGAGAAGAGGACAGGAUUCGGUCGCGAGCUAAUCCGAAGAAGUGGGGUCACGCCCACUCUCUCCCCGUCCAGGACGCCCAGGUUAAGCAAUCGCGUCCUCGCAGCGUCGGCGAUAAUGCGGCGGCUAAGAAAGCCGUACGGCACGGGGGGGGCGCCGUCCAGACAAUGGGUGACCAGCGGCCCCGCACUGGCGGUAGCUCUAACGAGGGCGAGGGGAAGGGGCCUACCGCGGCGGACGAAGGAUUGUCCCAAGCCCAUGCGGAUGCCGGUUCGGUCCACAAGCCGGCGGAGGCGAGCCACCGCGACAAUACCAAGCCCAAAACGACGACGACGGGGGCGAGCAGGCACAAGCGGUCCGUGAGCAGCGGUCACGGAGGCAGCGCCGACGUCUCCCACAUGUUGACGGAGUCCUCCUUCCCCUCCAUCGCCACCGUGGAGUACAACAAGGACACGUGGGGCGCCACCGCCGACACCCCGGGCACCGGCCGCGGACCUGCCAUCAGCCCCUCCGCCGUAUUCACGCCGCUUGCCGCUAGAGGUCGCUCGUCCGACAGCAGCCCUGCCGGCGCCGCUACGCCUACCGGCACCGCUAGGCCUACUGGCGCUAGGACAGCGGCCUCCACAGGGUACCGAAGGUCGGCCACCGUGGGAGCCGCGGACGACCUCCCCGCUGCCGCCCGACUCCCGAAGGCGGCGGCGCUCAGGGGAAGCCGAACCCCGCGGGGCCGUGACGAGUGCCUGCCGACCUACACCGACGCCUGCCUGCACUCCAAGCCGCGCAGCCGCGGCGGCCGCAAGCCGUUCGGCAAAGGGUCGUGGUGGGACGAGAUCGACACAACCGCGGCGUCGACCGGUCGCGGCGGCGCUGUUGCCGUUACCGGCGGCGAGGCGACAGCGAGGUUUCGCCCGUCGCCCGUCAACACCACAGACCUCUCCCGCGAUGACGGCGGUAGCACCGCUCCUGCGGCAGCUGCUUCUGCUGCAGCUGCUUCUGCUGCGGGAGAAAUCACAACAAGGACGGCGUCCGGCGCCGUGACAUCGUACCCCUCUCCGUGGCAGCGCCGACCGAACGCGCAGGUUAUCCUCAGCCCGCUGAGCUCCACGAUGUCGGGGAAGAGUUCGGCGUGCGGCAGCGGGGUUAACCCUACCAAACCGGCUGCGCACGAAAAUGAAUCCACGGCGGCGAUGUCGAAGAGCGGGGCCGGGGGAUCCGGUGGGGGCCGGAGAGAGACCCUCAAGCCCAAGAUUAAGGAGCAGUUUUCUACCGAGGGGCUGUUCGGGACGCCCGCAAGGGUCUCCCGGAAGCCGGCGACCGCGGGCGAUACGCCCCCCGGCGGCGAUGAGGGGACCGGCCGCGUGGCUGAAGUGUCGCCUUCGGAACCCGGGAUUCUCGACAAUCUGGACAACGCCCCCUCCUUCACAAGAACCUUCAGGUCGCUGUCGAGCGGUACCCUUGAGUGGGAGUCAGGCAGGAGCUUCGGUGCCCUGGGCUGCGACGCGAAGAUCAGCUUUUUCCCUGAGGGUUUGUCGUCGGUGCGCUCGCCGGCCGGCCUGGUCGCCGCGUCUACCGCCCGCGGCGGCGGCAGCGGCAGCGGCUCCAAUAGCCUCGGCAGCGGCGGUAGCGACGCGAUUGGCUUCAUCGGCAUCUCCAGCGAAGGGACCUUGCACGGAGGCGGCCUUAAUCGCGCGAGAGGCGGAGGUGCUGGCAGCGAAAAGAGCGAAGUGAGCCGCGGAGGUCUGCUGAAGCGCAGCAGGAAGGACGUCAUCGCUCACUAUAUGAACGGGCUCCGGCGGGACCGCGUAGAAUCUUUCGAGCCGAGCGCUGAGUUUUUCCGGCCGUUCGAGAGGUCUGACGCUAAGCCCGUUGGGAGUCAACCGCCUGCGGCAACCAGGGGAGCGGGAGAUAAGACAGCGCCUGCCCAGGCUAAGGCAUCAGCCGCGGCUCGCCAGAGUCGCUGGGCGAGGCUCCCGACCUUCUGAUUUUCGGUACGGGGCCGGUUAGAGCGUGGUGAAGCUUGUCUUUGGUAUAGUUUUCUGUGGACAGGCCUCGUUAGUGCGUGGCCUUACGCUAUCCCCACGCGUCUCCUUGGCAUGGGUGGAAUGUUGAGAGUUUCUCGUCGGGGUUCUGUGCGGUUGUCGUUCACGCCCGGAGCCAUCGAACGAAGCAAGGGAGCGUCAGUUUUUAUCGCGGGGGAGCCAUAGGAGGAGCAUUGGUUAUUUUUCUAGAGUGAGUUCCAAGGCGUAGCAGUAGCAUGACGAGGGCUGGCGUGCCCGCUGCACACGAAGCAGCCGUUGCCGUUGCAGAGGAGGAUGAACUUUCCACCAGUUAUGUGCUGCUGUGCCAAUAGCCGGUAGGCUCGCACGCCCGGAACGACGUUCGACCGCCAAGUUGGCAGGCAAGCCUGGACAUCACUUAUUUUUUUUGUUUGUGCGGAGGUGUGUGUUAACAACGUGUUCUGUGUGGAUGAAGUUAUUAGUGUCCGGAGUCUAUGUCACGAUGAGCCAUUGAGAUUUACUGUGUGGGUGACCUUCACGCGUGGUUGAAGGGGGGUGUUUCAGCUACGGCAAAGUCGAUCCCGCCCUUCCUUGUCGUUAGACGCCUUUCAAAACACGAAUUACAACUAUUCCGUCCACGUGGUAAUCUACGGCAUCACGAGUGGCUUGCUGCUAUUCUCCAGCGAAAUGGAAUGUGUUCAGUAUAGUGCUAUUCUCUGGCAAGUUGAAAGUAUGUUCAGUAUAAUAGUGGUAUCGCAUGUGUGUGAGUGCAAGGAGUGGUCUGUUGGCGUGUAAGCCAAGACAACAGCAGUGACAGUAUUUUUCGCUCCAGUUUUGCAGGUGUUUCGGGGUCGUGUUCGUGUUUUGUUACUGUUCAGUCGAUGCAAUUUGUCUGUGUAACUUGUCGUCAUCUCCUCCCCACCCUUGAUGAUUGUCAGAGAAACAGUACUUAUCAGGGUCGUCUUGUUGGUGCUAUCCGUGUCUGCGCAGACAGGUUGUCUUGACGGGAGAUUGCCUACUACCAUCCGAGAAAUGUGAGGACUGCUACCGCUGUAUCUCGAUUGGCUCGUUUCAAACGUAUGUUCGUGACGCGUGCAUGCCUCGGAAGUAUCCAGCAAGCCGUAGGAGGAGGUCUUGGUUUUUCUGCACGAGUCUGUCUACCCCAUCUAUCACCUUCAACGUUGCCGACAUGGGGAAAGGCCGUUCACGUGUGGUGGGUAUGUUUUGUACAAACUGUCGCUUGGCGUGGUUUUUUACCUCAUGUGCCUUCAUUGGGAUGAACAACAAAAUAACCCCUCCAACGACG